UGUGAAGCAGCCGUUUAAAGCUUCAUAAUUGUUGUUAAUUCCACAUUCGACCGCUGCCUGAGGCUUCUGUGUCGCUAAUGUUGCUAAAGUGUUUCUUUCCUUUUUCCCUUUCAGACUUCUACACGCUGCAGAAGAAAAGAAGGAAACUGGUUUCCGACAUGAGGGGGAAACCGUCUUUCUUCCUGUUCUUUACAGGGCUUUGCUGUCUCCGUCCCUGUCGUCCUCUUCAGUACCACUUCAUCGACACAGCUCUUCCGUGGUCGAAGGCCCAGAACUACUGCAGGGCCACGUUCACCGACUUGGCCACCGUCUUGGACGCGGAGAGCAUGAACCUGCUGGUCAACGCGGCCCAGCAGUCCAGCGGUGGAUUUACGGGGAAGGCUUGGAUCGGGCUGCACGACAACCUCACAAACUGGAGGUGGUCGCUUCCAGGCGCCGCGGCGAGCUUCAGGAACUGGGACGUCGGUCAACCGGACAACUUCUUCGGGGACCAGAUGUGUGUGAGGACGAUAAUCGGAGGCGUGUGGGAAGACUCGAGCUGUGUCCUGAGGAACCCCUUCUUCUGCUACGAUGGUACAGCCAGUUUCAGCAAGCGUUUCGUUUUUGUUGCGCAGGAGUUGAGCUGGUCUGACGCUCAGCGGCACUGCAGGAGGCGCUACACCGACCUGGCCAGUGUCAGAAACCGGGACGAGAACACGCAAAUGCGACGUCAGUCGUCCAGGGGCGCCUGGAUUGGCCUGCACAGGACUCGGGACUGGUCAGAUGGAAGUGAAUCCUCCUUCCGGUACUGGACCAGUGGACAGCCCGAUAAUGCCAGAGGGAAGCAGAGCUGUGUUGCGGCUCAUCUGGGUAAUGCAGGCCGUUGGUCAGACGAAGAGUGCGGCAGGAGUCUCGCCUUCGUCUGCUACGGAGAACGUGUGACCACAACUGAGAAGCCUUCAACUACUCCUCCUCUGACUGAGAGAACGUCAUCUGAGCUGCCUUCAACCACACACAUGAAGCCGACUCUCACCUUUACUGAUGAGACGACUUUGUCCGGCAGCGCCACUGCAACUCAAGAGAAAUCAACCACAACGACGGAAAGACACUCGACCACACCAGUGUUUACGUCAUCUGUGCAGUUUGAAACUACGUCUAUUCCUGGCAGGCCGUUGGAGUCGCCUUUAACUACACAGAAGGACCAAACUACAGCCACUACUGAUGAACCUGCAACGGAGACACAUUUGUCCAGCGCUGCCACGGUAACGCGAGCAGAACUCGGUCAAACUGCACCUGUUCCCGGAUUUUCCUCAGGAGAACAUGUGAUUCACUUGGGACUGAAAUUAACGUCAAAGGUGCAACUGAGCGAAGAAGACAUCGAAGAGCUGGUGGUUGUUGAGUUUCGCAAACGUCUGGUAGAGAUGGGUCUCCCCUCGAGCCUCAAAGUGAGUCUGAAGAAACCACGGAAAUAAAGAGGACUGAACGUAGGAUUACACACGUGUGUUUAGAGGAAGGACCAGUGAGGAAAUCAGGAAGGUUAACAGACUUCUACUGCUUCAAUCCUUCAAUGAAUCAUGUAACAAAAGAAUAAAAUUGAAAACACUUAUAAACAA